AUGGAUGUUCUGCUGUGGAUGGCCCCGCUGCUGGUGCCGCUCGCGGUGCUGCUGCUGCUGUGGAGCAGCCGUCAAGCUUUGGUGUUUUAUUUUAAAACAUGCUUCUAUGUGGCCUGGAUGAUGGUUCUGGCGUUAGUGGCUAUCCCGCUGUGUGUACUCAAAAGCGGCGGCAGAGACGUCGAGAACAUGAGGAUUAUCCGCUCCCUUGUUCGGCACGUCAAGUAUUUUCUGGGCCUGCGAUUCGAAGUCAGCGGCUGGGAGCACCUCCAGACCCCGGGCCCCUACGUCAUCAUCUCCAACCACCAGAGCUCCCUAGAUGUUUUGGGCCUUAUGGAGAUCCUGCCCGACCGCUGCACCAUGAUCGCUAAGAAGGAGCUGAUCUACGCAGGCACGGUGGGUAUCGUUUGCUGGCUGGGCGGCAUCGUCUUCAUCAACCGAAAGAAGACCAGCGAUGCCAAAAGCGUCAUGGCCGACGCCGCCAAAACUAUGUUGGACGAGCAGAUCCGUCUGUGGGUGUUUCCUGAGGGAACACGCAACCAGAGAGGAGACCUGUUGCCCUUCAAAAAAGGCGCAUUCCAUUUGGCUGUGCAAGCGCAAGCACCAAUCAUUCCGGUGGUCUUCUCCUCUUACAGUAACUUCUACCUACGGAAAGAGAAGCAAUUCAGAUCAGGAACCAUUCGGUUGAAGAUCCUCCCAAAGAUCGAAACCAAGGGCAUGACGUCAGAGGACGUCGCGUCCCUCGCUGACAAAUCCUUCGACACCAUGCGCUCGGCCUUCCUGGACAUCUCGGGUUUGUCGCGCUCCAAUGGGCCCGUCAGGCACUGA